UAAAUUUCAAAAGUUUAUAUGAUCUUUGGUCAGCCAAGGAAGUGCAGAAUAAAGGUCUUUAUUUUACGAUCGAUUUGUUUUUAAACGUAGUUUUGUCUUCGAUCUCACGCUAUGGCUUCUGUUACUGCUUAUUUAGAUAGUAUGGCCGAAUUGAUGAGCGAGGAAGGGCGGAAUUUUACGAGAAAACCUAUUGGGGAAAGAUGGCCACCUUUGGGAGCACCUUCAAGCGAACUCGCUCAAGAAACUAGCGAACGAACUAGGUAAGGGUCUGGUUAAUCACAUGGCCAAAUAUUUAAUUGCUGAUCCGAUCGUACAGUAGCUAAAUUACGGUAUAAAACUGCUCAGAAAACUUUGUACUCAUUUGAAAAGUACCGCCUGGGUUUAAUAAUUAUACAAGAUUUGUUUGAAGUUGUAACCUGAUAUAUUUUGAAAUUAGCGCUAUUGAAUUGCCUCGUUUUUCAAUAAAUCCCCGCUUUAUUUUAUACUCGGGAUAAACUUUAAUUCACGGCCUAUCCCAGCACAAAAUAAGGGAUAUUUUUUAUGAAGAAAGAGGCAAUUCUAUUAACUAAUCAAUAUAGAUCGCUCUGUGGGUCGUAUAUUAUUGCAAUUUUUUGAAUACAGAUUUAUAAAUAGUAAAAUUUGGUAGAAUAUUUUAAAAUUCGGCUAUAGUUAAAUAGAAUAAAUCUUCCUUUUAGAUCUAAAUGCUGAGGUCUUGUAUCUUUGCAUAGGAAACUAGUGUUGGGAAUUUUAAUAUUUUUAGCAGAUGUUUUGCUAAGAAGUUCCUUUAUUAAAUUGGAGGAAAAAAUCGGCCCACGCUCCAAUGAACUAAUUUGUGGGAGUACAAUCAAAGACGAAUGUUUCAAAGGAUUUUUUGUUUCUAUUGACAACAGCAAGACAUAUUACUAGUAUUAGUAUGCAGAAAAGCAAUUAAGUGUUGAUUUGUUACAAAUGUGGCGAUGGAAUUUUUUGUUGAUUGUGAAAUUUGAAAUUGGGAUAUCUUGAUUUUGGAUGAAAUUUGUGGUUUUGGAUUUUGGUAAAAUAGAGUGGAAAUCGAUUGUCGGGGGAGAUGUAAUCAGUGGAUUAGAUAUUUGAAUUUAUUCGGUGUCGAUUUUUUUAUUAAUUUUGAGUCCUUAAUUAAUGCAAUGAGAUUGUUGUUGGCUUGAAAGUAGUUAAAAUUUAAAUGUGUUGUAUUUGAUAAUCGUAGAUUUGUUCAAUCUAUACUCAGACAUUCCAACUCUCCCGAUUUUACCGGGAGUCUCCCGAAAAUUCAUGCAAUCUCCCGGUCUCCCGAUUUUUAUCAAAUUCUCCCGAUUUUUCAGAAUAUUCAGGAAAUAUCAUAAAAAAUUAUAAAUAUACUGUUUUUAGCAACAUACUGUAAUAGUCUGUCUUGACCAUUUUUGAAGUUGCUUUAUGGCAAUUUAUAGAAUCACUUAAAAUAACAUAGUCCCAAAAUGCAGGAAACGCCAUUUCAGAAGACUUAAUUUUUAUUAUUUUUUCCCAGAAGAACUAGAUUUCAAUUCACUGAACAGUCUCCCUAAAUUUUACCUCCAGUGGUUGGAAUGUCUGCUAUACUAGAUAUAGAUCAUCUGUGGCAAUAUUUUUGAAUGAAUGAAUGGCAAUGUUUUUGAAUGAAUGAAUGAAUGAACGAAUGAACUGUCUGUCUUGUCUGCCGUCUACAGUACACUGCAGCAAAUUUUUCUUUAAUCAUAUGUGUCCAGACGGAUCAUUACUGAUCAGAUCGGUGAAUUCUAAGUUUUGAAGGAUUUGUAAGAAUUGUAAAAAGAAGAACAUUUCGUGAAUGUUUAACAUUAAGUCAGUUUGCUCAAUCCGAUGAAAAAUUCCUACUGUGAUCACAUAAAUUUUGAGAGUGUAAACAUUGUAGACUAUAGUAGCAAAUAAAUCUGAUGACUGAAAUGAUAACUGACAGUGACCUGCCUACAAAUGAUUAUUUUACUUGGAAGGACAAAUGUCUGGCCAAGCCUAACAUUGGUCGGACAUUUAUCCAUUUUUUCCGGACAGCGGACAAAGUAAAAUUUUUCAUAUUUUGUUUUGAAAAUUUUUUUUCUUGUCAUAUUAGUUUGCACUGCGAUGCAUCUAAAACCUAGUAUAUAUCUACCAGUCCUAAUACAUCAAUAAAUUAUGGUUCAGGUUAUACAGAACUAAUUUAAUUUAUACCAUGUAUACAAAGGUGAUGUAGAUUUAUAAUUAAAUCUUACUGCUUAAUGCAGCAAGAAAUAGUGGAGAAGUGCUGUCUAUAGUGCUUUCUUGUUGGUUUCAUUAAUAAAAAAAUGUGUUAAAAUAAACAAUUUUUUGAGAUUGGAGAUUUGACCAGCCUAAAUUGGUCGGUCACAUGUCCAUUGUCCAGUCAUAAAAAGCUUUGAUCUGACAAAAGGUAAAAUUUGGCCCGUCAAUGUCCGAUGACCGGCACCAAUUUGCAGGCCUGUAAUCUGCCUAAUUCCAGUGCAUCUCACUGUGUUGUUGUAACUCUGGUUCACCCCAGAGAGAUUUACAUAUGUAAACGUCAUUGAGAACGUGUCGGGCAUUAAUGGAUUAAAAAAUAUUUUCACAGAUCUGAAUCUGAGCUGUUGAAAAAACUUGAAGAAGAACAUGAACAAUUGAAUUCAUCUUUGUUGGCGUUAACAACGCAUUUUGCUCAGGUGAGAAAUGAUUGAUAAGCAUUGUGUAAUGAUAAAUAUUCAGUGAUUGAGAAUGAGGCCUAUGUAUUCAUUGAGUACAUAUUCAUAAAUAGAGUAGGGUGAAUAUACUUUUUGUCCUAUUAAGUUGCAUUGCACCCUAAUAUGUGCUACUUUAUUAUUUUACUCUGUCUAAUGCCAGACGAUUUUACUUGCCAAGGGGAAAGCACUCUGGUGCUCAAUGGGUGAAUUUUCUUUUUUACUUGUUUAUUUGCAUAUAUAGGUUCAGUUUAGGUUGAAACAAGUUGUGGGAGCUCCAAAAUCUGAUCAAGAGGUAACGAUGGAGUCAAAACAUGAUUCCCCUUAUUACGUUUUCGUAGCGCUUUGCAUUAUGGUUAUAGUGGUAUCACUGAUAAAUAUAGUGCCUUCAAAUGAAAAUAUUGAAUGUUUUCGCGAAUAUUUUGCUGUUGGCUAUCAUGCACCUGGUCAACCCUAGCUUUUUUAAAAGUUCUUGCAUGGGUCGGGACAAAAAAUAAGCCAUCUUGAAUAUCAGUGAUACUACUAUAACCACAAUGCAAAGUGCUAUGAAAACAUAAUAAGGGGAAUCAUCAAUUAUAUGUGUAUAUGCAAAUAUAUCCUUGUUCUAACUCAUAGUUUCGGGUUAAACAAUACUUUACAUCUUGGGUCUUAAAUUUGUAUUGGCUUAAGUAGGUGGCAAUAAUAAUUGGAGUGAUGAUAUAUAUUAGGUAUAGCAGCAUGUUUUCGAUCAUUUACUAUACAUAUUACACAACUUAUUUUUGUAAUUCUAUGUAGAACUUACUGCAAAGUUUGGAGAAAUUUGCAUUUGAAGGAAUCCCUGAUGUAGAUGGAGCGAAACCUGUGACAAAACUAAGGAAGAAAUCUGUAAGUAGCACAAUGAUAUUACGAUUGAUGUACCUGGAAAAUUUUGAAUUUUCGGAGAAUAAUUGCCAUCUGUGAAACUGUUUACUGUAGACUGUCAAAGGAUAUGAGAAGAGGCUUCAAGAUCAGAAACAAAAACAAGAAAAGUUAAUAACGCAAUUGAGAAAACAGUUGGAAGAAAUGGAAGCUGCUGUCGUGAAGGUGAAUAACAGGACCAGCAUGGCUUAAAAAAUCUAGAUAGUGAUAUCUAGAACUGAUAGAGCUAUCCAACAGUGAACUCAAUGUUUUUGGAUCAAUGUUUCAUGUUUGAUUGUUAUAAAUAUAUGGAUAUUCCAGGAUUAGAAAUAAAUGUUUGUUCAUAGUCUGAAGGAUUUUAGACUGAGAUAAAUGGUUUGCAACAAAACAAUUCUUUAUCAUUUGUUGUUUAGGGUGCAAGUGAAACUACAGAUAGUCCUCAAAAAUUGAUAGAAAAACAGAAAUUACUUUUAUCUCAACUCAGGUACAUCGUGUUUAAAUAUGAGGAAAAAUAUUGAGGAAACACAUGUACUCAUGAAGUAACUAUUUCUAUAUUUUCUUGUGCUUUUCUCAUUUAUAGUUCGCAUGAAAAAGGUGCAGGUUCUUCACGAAGACACAGGGUGAGAUACAGCAACAUUACAAUAUUAGAGUAUGUCUGUUCAUUGAUAUACAGGGUGUCUCAAAAAGUUAUAAUUUCAAUGCAUGAGUCCCAUACAGAACCAUGGGUGCAUGCAUAAACACAAUUGAAUCAAAUUUUAUGAAUGGAAGUUAUUUAAAAGCUUUUGGUAUCGUUCAACAUAUGAAUAUGAUUAUGUGCUGAUUAAUUUAAUGCAGCGCAUAAACCAGUAAAAAUUCUUUGUUCUGUAGUCGGUAAUUGAACCAUUUUUAAUCGAAUUGAUGGGAUUGUUUUAACUUUCAAUUAGAUUUUUCAUGUACAAUUUAUGCAGUUUUAUUAUGCUUGUACGAUUACAAUGUAUUCUAAACUCCCAGAGGUAAUGAAGUUUGGCUGUUUACAAUAAAAUGAUGAUUUCUAAAGCGUCACUUUUUUGAGACACACUGUAUAACAAUUAUUCAAUCAUGAGGUUGUAUCAAUCGAAGCCAAAGACUAAGUACAAUGCGAAAACCAAAUUCAAUAAUUGUUUUAUUAUUAUUAACCAUCCACCAUGAUUAAUUGUGAUGUCUUAUUUUUUGUAGGAUGAAAUAAGCGAUAAAAUUCCAAAGGUAAAGAAUACAUAUCUUAGUUACUACACUGAAAGCAUGAUACACACAGCAGGUUUUCUUGACUGAGUUACUAAUUUAUCUAUCAAUUUAGGAGCAAGUUAUAAAACAGAUUACAAAACAGAUCAUGGAUCUGGAAAAGUUCAUUAAACUUUUACAAGGUAUGGCAUAAGAAGCCAUCAUUGUUGUUGGAAAGGGUUCAAAAAUACUUCGGCGUUUCAAAAGGAGAUUAUAGUCAUUGGUAACGCAAUAGUUUAAUUAUUUUUUUAGGUGAAACAGGUUUGAGUCCAAAGAAAUGCUCAAAGUGUUCAAACUGCUCGUGUGAACAUGAACAUGAAAGUGAAGCGUCAUCAUCUCGUGUUGCAGAAAAACAGAAGAAAAAGAAAGCCAAUUUGCAAAAUGCUUUACAG